AUGGAAGACCAGAGCUAUGCAGAUUUUACUACCAAUCCCUAUAACCCAUACUAUCUCCAUCCAAAUGAAACUCCUUCCCUGGUGCUCGUGACUCCACUCCUUGAUGGUAAGAACUACCACACAAGGGCCAGAGCAAUGAGAAUGGCUUUGAUGUCUAAGCAUAAGGUGAAGUUUAUUGAUGGGACUCUUACUCCUCCACAUUCAUCAAGCAUUUUAUUUGAACCAUGGGGCAGAUGUAAUACCAUGGUCAUCUCCUGGCUUCAGCAUUCAAUUUCUGAAAAGAUUGUGAAAUCCAUUCUUUGGUUUGAUACUGCAUCAGAUAUUUGGCAAGAUUUGAAGGCAAGAUUUUCACAAGGAGACGUUUUUCGAGUUGCACAAUUACAGGAAGAUCUGUACAAGUUUCAUCAAGGAAGCCUUGACGUAACUGAAUAUUUCACCCAGCUUAAAGAAAUGUGGGAUGAAAUUGAUAACCUUAGACCUCUCUCUAGAUGUAAAUGCUCUAUAGCAUGUAGUUGCGGAGCAGUAGAUUCUUCAUACAAAUACAGAGAACAAGAUGCUGUGAUACGAUUUUUGAGAGGCUUGAAUGAUCAAUAUACACAUGUCCGAUCCCAAAUUAUGCUCAUGGACCCUCUCCCUUCACUAAGCAAAACAUUCUCAUUGGUAGGACAACAAGAAAGACACCUUAACCAAUCUGCAAUCCAUGAUGAUACCAAGGUACUAGCAGCAACAAGCUUUGGUUCCCUCCCUCAAACCCCCACCACACAACAACAUCAAUCUCCACAGCAGCAACAAUUUGGCUUUCGGCGAGGAGGCUACUCUCAUGGUAGAGGUCGAGGUAGAGGAGGUCGUACACACGGGUCCAUUAAAAUUUGCACACAUUGUGGAAGGAACAAUCACACAGUGGAUACAUGUUACUUCAAACAUGGAUUUCCACCUGGUUAUCAAUCAAAAGGGGGCACGAGUGCAAACUUUACUGUUAAUGCUGUUGAAACAACAUCUCCCUCUAGUAUGGUUCCCGAGUCUAACAAUCCCAAUUUUGGAUUCACUCAAGAGCAAUGUCAAGAAUUGUUGAGCCUUUUACAACAAUCUAAAACCAUCCCAACACCAUCAUCCCAUUCAGCCAACUCCGUUGUUUCAUCCCCCUUAGCAAUGAAUUUCAAUUCCAAUGCCUCAUCCGAAUUCUACCAAGAAGAUGAUUGGUACAGCUAAGUAUCAGCAUGGACUGUAUGUGAUAAUCAGAGACUCCGCUACAAGAUCCCAACUCACCCAGCCUUUUGUUGGCAAUACUAUUUCCAAAGAUUCUUCUGAUUCCGUUCUAUGGCAUCAUAGAUUAGGCCAUUUAUCAAAUUCUACACAUAGGAUUAUAGCUUCUCAAUUUCCCAUUGUCUCAUACCAACAUCAUGAUGUUCCAUGUGACAUUUGUCACUUUGCUAAACAAAAAAGAUUACCACAUUUCAUUAGUAAUACAAAAUCUGCUUCUGUGAUUGAAUUAUUGCAUGCUGAUAUUUGGGGUCCUUAUUCUAUCCCAUCUGUUUUUGGCCACAAAUAUUUCUUAACCUUGGUUGAUGACUUUAGCCGUUUUACUUGGAUUGUAAUGAUGAAGUCCAAAUCUGAAACAAGACAGCAUCUCACCAAUUUCAUUUCCUACAUUGAAACCCAAUUUCAAACUAAAUUAAAAUGUCUCAGAACAGAUAAUGGCAGUGAGUUCCUUAUGCAUGAUUUGUUUCUUUCAAAAGGCAUUAUUCAUCAGGGAUCUUGUGUUGAAACUCCCCAACAAAACGGGGUGGUUGAAAGAAAACACCAACACAUAUUGAACACUGCUAGAGCUCUCUAUUUUCAAGCUUCGUUGCCUAAAAACUUUUGGAACUUUGCCAUUCAGCAUGCUGUCCAUCUCAUUAACAGAAUCCCAAGUCCCCUUCUUGAUAAUAAAACCCCAUAUCAGGCCCUUCAUCAACGACCACCAAUCCUAGUUCAUUUACGAUCAUUUGGAUGCCUUGCAUAUGCUUCAACUUUGCAAGCUCACAGAACCAAGUUUCAACCCCGAGCCAAGAAAUCUGUUUUGUUAGGAUAUAAAGAAGGUGUCAAGGGGUAUCUUCUUUAUGAUCUUCAUUCCCAUGAAUUCUUCAUGUCUCGAAAUGUGUUCUUUCAUGAAUUCACAUUCCCUUUCCAUACACCUUCACAGACCUCUCUUACUCAGCCCUCUCCCACUCCAAUUACCAUUCAGACACCCAUUUC